AUGGGUGGCGUCAAUACCGCCUACGAUUACUACACACGCAUGGGCUUCGGCCACAAGGGAGAAGACGGCGGUGUAGUCGUUACUAACGACAUUCUGCAAGGCGGUAUCGUCUCUGUUUACUACCUGGGUACGCUCGUGGGUGCUCUCGGCGGCGGCUGGUUCGGAGACCGCUUUGGGCGUAUAAAAGCCGUCUUCGUAGGAGCAGCCAUCGCAGUUGUUGGCGCAGCACUUCAGACCUCUGCCAUGGACCACCAAUGGAUGAUCUGCGCACGGCUCGUCAAUGGCUGGGGGACUGGAAUUCUGAACGCGAUCAUCCCUGUGUGGGCGACCGAGACCGCCGAGCAUACGUCGCGUGGCCAGUUCGUUGCUAUCGAGUUUACACUCAACAUCUUUGGUGUUGUAUUGGCCUAUUGGAUCGAAUAUGGAUGCUCAUUCUACGGCGACGGAACUUCGUCCUUCAUCUGGCGCUUCCCCAUCGCUUUCCAGAUCCCCAUGCUUCUCGCGCUUAUGGGCUUGGUCAUCUUCUUCCCCGAGAGUCCCCGAUGGCUAGUCAAAGUUGGUCGUGAAGACGAAGCACGUUAUAUCCUCGGGAGGCUCCGUGGAAACACUGGAGCAGACAAAGAGAAGGCAGAAGCCGAAUUCCAGGACAUUGUGACCUCCUGCGAAAUCGAACGCUCCGGACGCAAGGGGCCUCAGUCAUACAUCCACAUGCUGUUCGGCAUCGGCUCGGGAAAGCUUCAUACGGGAAGACGUGUGCAGUUGGUGAUCUGGCUUCAGAUCCUACAGGAGUGGGUAGGAAUCGCGGGAGUUACAAUAUAUGCUCCGACCAUCUUUGGCAUCGCCGGCAUGUCCCCUUCCAAGCGCCAAUGGAUCGCGGGUCUCAACAACAUCUUCUACAUGUUCAGCACGCUGAUAUGUGUAUUCACGCUUGACAAGAUUGGACGACGCUGGACACUUUACUGGGGCGCAGUAGGACAAGGCAUUGCUAUGGCACUCGCUGGCGGCUUCUCAUACCUGGGCCAACAGGGCACCCUAGAAGGCAACCUCAGCAAGGCUUCGGCGUACGGAGACGCUGCUGUAUCCAUGGUCUUCAUCUUCACGUUCGUCUUUGGUGCGACUUGGCUGACAGUCCCAUGGCUCUACCCAGCCGAGAUCUUCCCACUCGAAGUGCGCGCGAAAGGAAAUGCUUGGGGCGUUGUGGGCUGGUCCAUUGGCAACGGAUGGCUUACGCUUCUGUGCCCCAUCAUGUUUAAGGCGCUCAACGAGAAGACCCUUUACAUUUUUGCGGCUUGCAAUGCGCUUACCAUUCCUAUUGUGUGGGCCCUGUAUCCCGAGACGAACCAGCGAACCCUUGAGGAGAUCGACUUGCUCUUCGCCGCCGACAGUAUCUGGAACUGGGAGGCGGAGAAGAACUUCGCGAGGCUGCAGGAGCAGAUGGGUGUGGGCAUGUCCUCGGGUGCUGAUGAAGAGACACCGCAUAGUCGAAAGGGUAGCGUCGUUCGUGGGAUGAGCCUGCAUUAUGAGGCGAAGCCGCAGGAGAAAUAG